GGGCCUGGACUAUCUCGACAAGCGCGAUUCCCGCACCUCCCAGGGACCCUGGUUCCCCGUAUGUUGAUGCCCACCAUUUCCUGCCCCUAGGGUGGUAGGCUUGCGCCAGGUAGCGGCCCCGCGUCCGGCCUGGGGCUCAGAACUCUACAGCCUUGCAGGCGAGGAUGCCUCGGUCCCCCGGGCCCCGCCAGGCUCCCUCCAACACGCGGCCCAGAAUCUGAAAAGUCGCCUCUCCUCACCCUAUCCGGCUUCUGGAGGGCUCCACAACGUGGAUCGGGGAGAAUAAGCUGGAAUAGUACCCGUCUCAGGUUUCAAAAGGGUGAGACUUUGUGAAGAUGGGAGAAAGGGCUGCAAGGCAAAAGGUGUCUCCAAGGUCGUGAUGGCUCCCGAGAGGAUUCAUUCAUUGCUUCUGCUCUUGCUGCUGACCCUGCUGGGGCUGGUGCUGCCCUCCUAUGGCCAGGAUCGCAUGUACCAACGAUUCCUGCGGCAACACGUGGACCCUGAGGGGACAGGUGGCAAUGAUGCCUACUGCAACUUGAUGAUGCAAAGACGCAAGAUGACGGUGCGUCAGUGCAAGCACGUCAACACCUUCAUCCACGAAGACAUCUGGAACAUCCGUAGUAUCUGCAGCACUGCUAAUAUCCAGUGCAAGAAUGGCAAGAUGAACUGCCAUGAGGGUGUAGUGAAGGUCACCGACUGCAGAGAGACAGGAAGUUCCAGGACCCCCAACUGCAGAUAUCGGGCCUUGGCGAGCACCAGGCGUGUGGUCAUUGCCUGUGAGGGUAACCCAGAGAUGCCUGUGCACUUUGACAGAUAGACACCCUCUGCUUGGGUGAUGGCCCAGUGCUUGGCCUUCAGCUUAAUGCUUAAACAUCAAUGAGUAAUGCAUUUGAGCUGCCUUAGGCUCUCUCUCCUCUGCUUACUAUUCUUUUUCUCUUUGUAACCUGUUCUGUUAAGCACAUUGUAUCAGAGAGAAAUGGAGACAUAAACUUAAAAUGAGGCUGGGCUUUGCUGUAGUAAACUUUUUUGUUUUCUUUUAUAAUACUGGUCAGUUGAGCUGUAUCAUCAGAUUCUAUCCUCUGGAAUUUAGUCAUUAUCUGUAUUUAUAUUGCACUUCAAACAUUUCAAAGUGCUUUCGUCCAAAUUAACUCAUUUUAAUAGCACGGCAGUCCUGUGAUGCUGUUGUAUAUAGGAGUCCAAAGUUAAGAGAUUUGCUGAAGACCAUGAAGCUAGUGGAAUAGCUGACACAAAAAUCCAGUGGAAACGACUACCAAUCCAGGGCUUUUUCCAUGUCAUCACAAGGAACAAUUUGAAAGUAAUUGCUUUUUGUUAUUCCCAAAAGUCAGCUGUUAGGAGAAGCAUUACAAAUCUGGAAAUAUAUGCUGGCAAAUGAGAGCUCUAUCCGUGUGAUUUGGCUCCCUUGUUAUGCUGGGCACAAGAAAUGAUACAAGGAAUUUUCUUUCUCUCUCUCCCCCACUUUUGAAUCACUCUAAUAAGUCAGAAUAUUAAAAAUGUACUAGAUCAUUUACGACUCAUUUACUCUUCCUGACUAAAUGUUUUUCUUAUUUUCCUUGUAAUAAAGGACAUAAACUGCAGGUA